CUACAUAGUAGUAAGCCGUACGUGAGUGUGUAUGUAUGUAUGUGUGUGUGUGUGUGAGUGCGUGAGGAGGUCGUGUCUGUCCAACAUGUCUGUGCUGUACCCGACGCUCCUGCUGUGUGCGUACGGCUUCUUUUCGAACAUGCGGCCGUCGGAGCCUUUCCUUACCGCCUACCUCAUGGGACCAGACAAGAACCUGACGGAGACCCAGGUCGUUAGUGAAAUCUAUCCAAUAUGGACCUAUUCCUACCUGAUAUUGCUGCUCCCCGUGUUCCUGGCCACUGACUACCUCUGUUAUAAGCCUGUAUUGGUCCUGCAGGCCACUAGCUUGGUAGUUACCUAUGUCAUGCUGCUGAAGGCGCAGGGCAUGUUGGCCAUGCAGCUCCUGGAGUUUUUCUUUGGGCUGGCCACAGCCUCGGAGGUGGCCUACUAUUCUUACAUCUAUAGCGUGGUGGAACCGGCACACUACCAGAGAGUGACAGGCUACUGCCGCAGCGUCGCUCUGUUUGGAUCAGCUGCUGGAUCUCUGGCCGGUCAGCUUCUGCUGUCUGUGGCCAAAGUUCGGCUGCUCCACCUUGUCAUCGUCACUCUGGCGACAGCCAGCGUGGCCUUUGUAGCUCCCUGGUUUCUGCCCAUGCCCAAGAGGAGCUUGUUCUUCCACAAAAGCCCAGGAGCAGCAGAGGAGAGGCAGCGCGGCAGGAGGACAUCCCUCAUGGAGAAGGCGGAGGAUUCAGAGAGCAAAGUGCCUCUGAACGGCCAAGAUGUCUCUACAAUAUCCAGGUCCUCUAAGGCAGAAAGUCCUAGCAGUGGUCUUGUGGAGGUGUUGCGAAUGCUGUUUGACGAUUUCCUGCAGUGCUACAGGUGUCGCCCCCUGCUGGCCUGGUCGCUGUGGUGGGCUCUGGCCACAUGUGGCUACUACCAGGUCAUCAACUACACUCAAGUGCUGUGGGAGAAAAUUCGUCCGUCGCAGGUUAAUGAAAUCUACAACGGCUACGUGGAGAGCCUGUCCACACUAUUAGGGGCGCUGGCAGCCCUGCUGGUGGGCUACCUGCCUGUAUGCUGGGCUGUGUGGGGGGAGCUGGCUCUGUGUGUCCUCUCCCUGCUGAUGGCUGUGUGCGUGUUUGUCAUGGAUACACUGAAGGACAUCUGGCUGUGCUACAUCUCAUAUGUCCUCUUUAGAGCCACAUACAUGCUGCUCAUCACUGUGGCUACAUAUCAGAUAGCAGCCAGCCUCAACAUGCAGCGGUAUGCCUUGGUGUUUGGAGUGAACACCUUAGUGGCUCUUCUGCUGCAGUCUCUACUCACUGUGGUGGUGGUGGACUCAGCAGGCCUCGGCCUCGAUGUCUUCGCUCAGUUCCUCAUCUAUGGCGGCUACUUUGCAGUCAUUUCUUCGGUCUUCCUCCUCGCUGGGCUUUGCAAACUGGCCUCCAGGAGACACUCCGAGCAGGAGGUCCCGGCCAGCAGCCGAGCACAACCCGAGUCAGACCUCCAAUCAGUUUUGCAACCUCCUGCAGAUAGAACAUAAUGAUACUGACAGACUAAAGCACCAAAGUUGAGUGACCACAGUGACUCCCCAAGGUGAGCUUUAGCAAUCUCUUCAGCCACAGUGUCUUUAUGUGUCAGAGUAGAAUGUGACACGGUAGAAGGUAGAGGCUAAAACUAGCGUCUGUAUAAUGACUGCAGACUGCUCUCUGUGUUUUCGCCUACACUUACUAAAACACUACAAAACCUUUUGGCCACUAAGUGCUAGGAGACCUGCAGAAGAAGCUGAGCGACACAGCCCAGGCAUAUUAUCAUUCUGUAGUUGUUAUGGGUAACCUGUUAGACUUUCACACCCAACACCCAUGGAACAGAGGUGUAGUGGAUGACAAAACCCCGUUUACACCCUGGUCAAAAUAAUGCCAGGCAGGUAGUCUACAGUGGGUUCAUUACAACUGGCAUGCUGGAAACAGCUGCCUGCUGCUGGUAACUUCUUUAAUGACAGGAAACAGCCAAUGAAGGCACUGAGACCGAACUGUAUGGAAAAUGUGCAAUCUCCGAGACAAUGAGCGAAAAGGGGCUGAAAAGCUCUCCAGAGCUGCAGAGAUGGCUGACCAUUGUUUGUAUGUUCACACAUGUGAACAACCCCUUUCACGUUAAAUAGAGCCAUUUGAUUUAGUGUAAAGAUAAAAAAAGAUUGAUCUAUGCAGCUUUAAGAGACCAUACGUCAUUCAUCCAAAUGCACAGGAAGUCAUUCCUGUGCAUUUUCCAGCUUAUUGAAGUCGAUGCCUUAGACCUCAUUCCAAAAACUAAGUAAAUACUAGGAAUGCUACAUUAUUAGUACUGCUACUUGUGUGUUAAAUUUGACACCAGCCAAAAGGUUAUGUUUAUAUUUUUAUAUUAAUGAUUUCCUCCUGUAAUUACAUAGAUUGUGUCUUGUAUUCUAAUUGAUAUGUAUUGGCACUGAUAAGCUAUAUCAGUAUCAGGUUUAUCAAUAUCUAUCUUUAGUGAACAAAAUGCUGCUGGAGCUUGAAAUGUUACAUUGUUCAACAGUGUCAGCCAUAUGUUUGAUAUUGUUGGGCUGUUUUCAUCCAUACAGGAUGUUCAUUACUGCUGAAUGAUCCAUUACUCUGUUUGUAGAGGUGCCUAAAAAGGUCAAAAAUACCUGGAGCUGCUUCCUUUUUUCAAAAUAAAUUCGUAAAAACGUUUUCAGGAUAUUCAAGGAUAAAUUUCUUGUCAACAAAUACCAUGAAAAGACCCAAACCAGAGAAUGUUUGUCCAUCAUUUUUUAAAUGUGUUUAGUCAUUUCCUCCACCUCCCAAGUAGGCACAUAUUGUUAUCAUGUUAUAUUCUUAUAAAUAUUAUAUUGUUGUAUAUAUUAUAUUAUUUUUUUUGAAUAUUUUUAUAUUUUUAUAUAUAUAAUAAAAAAACAAUAUAAAAGUAAUAAAAUAAAAACACGAAGUACAUACAGAUAAGAAAGGGGGAAAUGAUAUUAUGUAAUAAUAAUAGUAAUUAGACUUGUCUUAUGUGGUAGCUGUGGUAGAGAUGAAAAGAAAGAAGAGGAGGAAAAAAAUGUGUUUUUCUGUUUGUGUGUGUGUUUGUAAUUGUGCUUGUACGCGUGGGUGGGUGUGUUGUGAUGUGCAGGAGUUGGUUAUCACAGCUGGAACCAGCUGUGGUCACGUACAUGGCUUUGGUCUUUCUGUGAGUACUGUUUUCAGUUUAGAAGAAUGAGAAUUAAGGCUUUCAUUCAAGACUGAUACUGUACUUUGUUCUUUCUGUAAGCUGCUAUUCUCUUUCCUGAAAUAUGUUCUCCAAGUAGGUUAAUCCAGUGAGUGAUAUGACAAGAUUUUUCUAGAUUUCCAGAUAUGAAAGAUUAUUUUCUUAGAGAAAUGAGGGAUGGGUUUCUGUAUUUAGUGUGUUAGUCCAUCUUAGUCCGUCUGUGGUUCUCAGCUCUAAGCCCAUCAGCUCCCACUGAGAAUGUAAAUCUUUGAAUCCAGCUCAGAAACAUACGGUUUCAUUGUUGUUGUUUUUUUUUGUUUUUUUUUUUUUAAUAGGCUCAGAAAUUCCCUUGAACAGCUGCUCACUGUAGUUUUUAACAAAUGCUACUAAAUCAGGAGGAAACUGUGCAUUUGUUGGAGACUUUUUUUCAGCAGCGGAUGAAUCCACAUAUGUUGCCCCAGUGAGUAUUUGCAGCAGCAGGAUGGUGUGUGUGUGUGUGUGUGUGUGUGUGUGUGUGCGUGCGUGCGUGUGUGUGUGUUCAUUGUAAUGAAGGAGCAUGUCGCCCAGUGGAAUGAUGUGACUCACUGAUGUGUUUUUAAUAGUUGUUGGUCAACAUUGGAGCUUUAUGGCUCAGAUGAAUAAUAUAUAUAUCAGGCUUUGGAUACAAACAUAAUGUUUGGUAGCUGGAGACGUUCACUGUUGGUUUGAGUCUACACAUGGGAUUUGCUGACAAGAAGAAAAAUACAGAAUAUCACCAGAUCCAAAUUAUUGUCUUAGAUCAACCAAAUGAAUUUUGAAGAAAUAAAAGGUAUUGGCAAAUAUAAACUGUAAAUACCUGCAGUGGAAAACAUCUGUUCCAAGAAUGGUAAGGUAUGAAACUCUUUGUUAAUGGUGUGUAUAGCAAUUUUCAGCAGAAUUAGGUUGCAGAUGUAGAACACUGAAUUCAGUUGAAAUGGAAUAAUACUGAAUUAUUGGUAUGGUAUGAAACUCUUUGUUAACGGUGUGUGUGUGUGGAGCACUUCAGAUUACACCUGUUUCUUUUCUACUGGCCAAAUGUUACAGCAUUUUUUUCAGAUGUGAACACUUGUCUACCUAGAGUGCUCUGCUCAAUAGACAUGUUUGUGUUAGCAGCUAGGUGCUGUGCCAGCCUCUAGCUUUUAUUAAUGUCAUAAACUAAUGUGUCAUUUAACAUUAAUACAAAAUACCAAUAGCAGUGUUGGAUUCACAACUUUGUACCUGUCAGUCUUCUUUGAAUGAUACUUUUAUAUGUUUUGUAGUACAAUCACAAUAUAUGUUGCAUCCACUGUUUGCCUUUUCAGAAGAGGAAACACUGGUUGGAAGUGAUUUGUUUCAGGCAGAAUAAAGGCCAGUGUCAGUGUUGAUAGAGCACACGUGACCCAGGGUCUCCACAGGAAAUGGCACAUGAACAGAGACAAGUUCGUAGAGACAAAUGAGAGUCAUGAUGAUGUUUAUGACAAUAUUUGCUAAUGUAUUUUCCUAUCAACAAACAAAUAAACCAGUAGCUUGAGUAAAUGUAAAACAAUUUUACGUGUCAGAUGAUCCAUGCAGACGGAUAUAGCAAUUUUCAGCAGAAUUAGGUUGCAGAUCUAGAACACUGAAUUCAGUUGAAAUGGAAUAAUACUGAAUUAUCGGUAUGGUAUGAAACUCUUUGUUAACGAUGUGGGUGUGUGUGUGGAAAAGUGUGGAGCACUUCAGAUAAUACCUGUUUCUUUUCUACUGGCCAAAUGUUACAGCAUUUUUUUCAGAUGUGAAAACUUGUCUACCUAGAGUGCUCUGGUCUAUAGACAUGUUUGUGUUAGCAGCUAGGUGCUGCGCCAGCCUCUAGAAUUAUUCAAGUGAGUAUUUAUAAAACUGUUUUAUUCAAGUUGAAUGAACUAAUAUUAAAACUAAUUUAUCUCUGUACAGAUGUGAUAAGCCAAUGCAUUUUAAACAUAAGGCUUUGGCUUUGCCUCC